AUGGCUUCAAUUGUCCCUAAUGACAUGAAGGCCAUCAUAAUUGAAGGUCGUGGCAAAGCGGCAAUAACCACAUCAUCACUUCCCAAAUUGCGUGACGGAUACAUCCUGGUGAAGACUACAGCGGUUGCCAUCAAUCCUUCUGACUGGAAGCACAUCGACUUCAUGUGGGUGGGCAACCCCUCUGGCACCCGUCCAGGCCUAGAGUAUGCGGGUAUCGUUGUCGAGGUUGGCAAUGGAGUGGAGAAAGACUUCAAGGUUGGCGACAGAGUAUUCGGAAUUGUUAAUGGCUCGAACGUAAGACAAAAAGAAGACGGCGCAUUUGCAGAGUAUCUCGUUGCAAAGGGGAGCCUGCAGAUGAAGAUUCCGGGUCACGUAGAUGACAUGGAGGCGGCGGCAAUCACCUCUGGACUGGUGGCAGUGGGCCAAGGUCUUUACCAGUCUCUGCAAUUGCCCCUCCCCACCAAGCCAUCUCCAGAGCCGAUCCCCCUCUUCAUUUAUGGCGGAAGCACUGCAUCGGGCAUCAUGGGCAUACAAUUUGCCAAGAUGUCCAACUGCACUGUUAUCGUGACAUGUUCACCGAAGAAUUUCGACUAUGUCAAGUCAUUGGGGGCUGACUUCUGCGUUGACUACAAAGCAGAGGAUUGUGCUGAGCAGGUCAAGACUUUCACCAAGGGGAGGUUGAGGCACGCUUGGGACUGCAUCGCAACAGCCCAGUCUGCUCGAAUUUGCGCUGCGGCUAUGUCGAUGCGCGGAGGACAUUACAGCAGCUUGUUGUAUCUGGUCCCUUCCAUUGUGAAGAAGGUGAACCCGAAGAUUGAGUGCUCAACCACUUUGGGUUACACGAUUCUAGGAGAGACGAUUGAGAAAGAGACCGUCAUCGAGCCAAGGCUCGGCGAUUACAAAUUUGGGAAAAUGUUCUGGGGCGUAAGUGAGAAAUUGCUACAGGACGACAAGUUUCGGCCUGCAAGGCAGAUUGUCAAUCAAGGUGGCGCAGGAUUGGAAGGUGUUCUUCAUGGCAUUCAGUACCUCAAGCAGGGAAAUGUGAGCGCCGGAAAGUUGGUGUACACGAUCGGCUCAUAA